AUGGCAGCGCCCGCGGCCGCCACGGCCCCGGCCACUGACCACUACGCGCGGCUCCUGCAGCUCUGCCAGACCGCGUUCAACCCGUCCGCAGGCCGGGCCAUCCACGCGCACGCCGUCAAGGCGGGCCUCCUCGUCAGCGCCUACCUCUGCAACAACCUCCUCUCCUACUACGCCAGCGCGGACAACUCGCUGCUGUCGAUGUACACCAAGUCCGGCCGCCUCGCUGACGCCCGCGUCAUGUUCGCCGAAAUGCCCGAGCGGGACGCGGUGUCCUGGACCGUCAUGGUCGUCGGGCUCAAUCGUGCCGGCCGAUUCUGGGACGCUGUGAAUACGUUCCUGGACAUGGUCGGUGAAGGACUUGUGCCGUCGCAGUUCACGCUCACGAACGUGCUUUCAUCGUGCGCUGCGACGGAGGCCUGCGGAGUUGGGAGAAAGAUCCACUCCUUCGUCGUCAAGCUGGGGCUGAGCAGCUGCGUGCCCGUGGCUAACUCGGUGCUCUACAUGUAUGGCAAGUGUGGGGAUGCUGAGACAGCGAGGGCUGUGUUUGAGAGGAUGAAGGUCCGGAGCGAGUCAAGCUGGAAUGCCAUGGUGUCGCUGUACACCCACCAGGGGAGGAUGGACCUUGCUGUGUCCAUGUUCGAGAAAAUGGAAGAACGAAGCAUUGUCUCUUGGAACGCCAUCAUAGCAGGGUAUAACCAGAAUGGGCUUGAUGACAUGGCAUUGAAGUUCUUCUCACGAAUGCUGACUGCUUCUUCCAUGGAGCCAGAUGCAUUUACGGUAACCAGUGUCCUAUCAGCUUGUGCUAACCUUCGCAUGCUGAAGAUGGGAAAGCAGAUGCACUCUUAUAUCUUGAGAACUGGAAUGCCAUGCAGCAGUCAGAUUAUGAAUGCUCUGAUCUCAACGUAUGCAAAAUCUCGAAGUGUUGAGACUGCAAGGAGGAUCAUGGACCAGGCAGUGGUUGCUGAUCUGAAUGUUAUCUCCUUCACGGCUCUCCUGGAAGGCUAUGUCAAGCUCGGGGACACAAAGCAGGCAAGGGAAAUCUUCGACGUUAUGAACAAUCGAGAUGUCAUUGCCUGGACUGCUAUGAUUGUUGGCUAUCAGCAGAAUGGUCAAAAUGAUGAAGCCAUGGAGCUCUUCAGGUCAAUGAUCAAAAGUGGCCCAGAACCCAACAGCCAUACACUUGCUGCUGUUCUCAGUGCCUGUACAAGCUUGGCAUAUCUUGAUUAUGGAAAGCAGAUCUACUGCAGGGCUAUCAGAUCAUUGCAGGAGCAAUCUGUUUCUGUCAGCAAUGCCAUUAUCACAGUGUAUGCAAGGUCUGGCAGUGUGCCACUGGGCAGAAGGGUGUUUGAUCAGAUUUGCUGGCGCAAGGAAACGGUUACAUGGACAUCAAUGAUUGUGGCUCUCGCACAGCAUGGUUUAGGAGAACAAGCUGUUGUCCUUUUUGAAGAAAUGCUUCGUGUUGGUGUGAAACCAGACCGUGUAACAUACAUCGGUGUGUUUUCAGCUUGCACGCAUGCUGGUUUUAUAGACAAAGGGAAGAGGUACUACGAGCAGAUGCAGAAUGAGCAUGGCAUUGUACCAGAAAUGAGCCAUUACGCGUGCAUGGUUGACCUGCUUGCCCGUGCCGGCCUGCUCACAGAAGCUCACGAAUUCAUCCAACAGAUGCCUCUUGUGCCAGAUACAGUAGUCUGGGGUUCACUCCUUGCAGCUUGCAGAAUGGAUUCCGCCAUUAACAAGUUUCUCGGGAUGACGACAAGAUGUAGACGUCGUAAGAAUGCAGAUUUAGCAGAACUCGCAGCAGAGAAGUUGCUGUCAAUUGAUCCUGACAACAGUGGCGCCUACUCUGCCCUUGCCAACGUCUAUUCUGCCUGUGGGAGGUGGAAUGACACAGCAAGGAUCUGGAAGCUGAGGAAGGACAAAGCAGUGAAGAAGGAGACCGGUUUCAGCUGGACUCAUGUACAAAGCAAGGUUCACGUCUUUGGAGCAGACGACAUCCUGCAUCCACAGAGGGAUGCAAUCUACAAGAAGGCCUCUGAAAUGUGGGAGGAGAUCAAGAAGGCAGGAUUUGUUCCUGACCUGAACUCUGUUCUGCACAAUGUUGAUGACGAGCUGAAGGAAGAGUUGCUGAGCCGCCACAGCGGAUCAGAAGCUUGCCAUUGCCGCACAUUCGGUCUCAUCAACACGCCAGAAAAGACAACAGAGAUGGGUACUGCUCAUGUAAAGAUUGGGUAG